AUGAUCUUUGUGAAUUUCUGUGCUUUGCUCGAAUUGCUACUAGUAGUUUUCUCCACAGCUUUCGCUGCCAAUCCGUUGGAUGUUCAUCUCACGACUGGAACCUUUCGAGGGGUUACACGGAACGACACGGAACAAUGGCUCGGCAUUCCAUAUGCAGUCCCACCUGUUGGAGCACGUCGUUUCAAGGCUCCUGUACCGCUCGAAGCAUUAGACUCUGCAAGUGAAUCUACAAUAGUGAAGGAUGCUUCGGAGUUCGGGAAUGCUUGUCCUCAGAUUCCGUCCGAAUCCUUGGGGGCACAGGUUGCCGAAGAUUGCUUGUAUCUAAAUGUGUGGCGGCCUCUAAACACUUCAAAUAAUGCAAAGCUUCCCGUUCUUGUUUGGUUCCAUGGUGGAGCGUACACCAAUGGCGCUGGAUCUCAACCUAGCCUUGUACCAACCCGUAUCAUCCUUCGAAGUGCAGCGGUGAAGAAGGCUAUUCUUUUCGUCUCGGUGAAUUACCGCCUCAAUACGUUCGGUUUCCUUGCAAGCUCUGUGAUCCCGAAAGAAGACCUCAAUGCCGGAUUGCUCGAUCAGAUGGAAGCUCUCAGGUUCCUCCAACGGAAUAUUGCUGCAUUCGGUGGAGAUCCCUCUAAAGUCACUAUAUGGGGACAAUCGGCAGGUGCGGGAUCCGUGGAAUCGAUGUUCCUGUUCUCAAAACCGGGAGAGCGUUUAUUCCGAGCUGGUAUAGCAGACUCGUCGACUGGGCCAUUUAAAAGUUCCCCUCCUCCCGCAACUUAUGAUAAACCAGGAAAGCCAUUCACUCGCCUUCUCGCAGCUACCGGCUGUGAUGCAGGCGCUGAUGCUGUACAAUGCCUCCGAGAUGUUCCUUUCGAGAAACUUCUGAAUGUCAGCAACGAAAUGAUAAGUAACACGCUUAAUAAUCAAUUGUGGCAACCCACGAUUUCUCCUGGAACACUCUUUUCUGCUCAAGCUUCCGAAAAGAUCAAAAGAGGAGAAUUUUUACAUCUUCCCUAUCUUGCCGGCACAAACGUAAAUGAGGGGGCCGGAUUUAGCGUCAGUCUACGUAACAAAGGUCUCGCCGGUCAAGCACAGGACGCUGCCUUUGACGAUUUUAUUAGUCGCCUCUUGAUCGACAACAGUACCGUGACUAAGGAUGUUCUGCAAGAAACUCACCGACUAUGGGCGGAGAAUGACAGAACUCUCGGCGCUCCGUUCAACACCGGUGAUUCCUUAUUCGACCGUGCUGAAUCAUGGUACACGGACGAGAUGUAUCUUGCUUCUCGAAGGCUAUUCUUUGAGCAUGCCGCUCCUAGGCAAGAUGUUUUCGCAUAUUACUUCCGAGAGUUCAUUCCUGGGAAUGAUCCGACCUUGGGUGUCGCGCAUGCUUCUGAGCUCCAACUGUUUUAUGGUCCGGUCCCGGAGGUCGAAGUCGAUUUUGCGAAUACAAUGACCGACUUCUACCUUAAUUUUAUCCACGAUUUGAAUCCUGGGCCCCAAUGGCCCAAAUACAAUCUGGGAACUCGACCAGUUUUACAACUCCUUCGUGGAAAUAUAACUGUCAUACCUGACGAUUGGGAUACGGAUAAGACGAGUUUCCUAAACUCCGAGCGCGUACUGAAAGAGUAUCAGAAAUAA